UUUUCAUGGUAACCGUCCCAAAUUAUUAUUGAGCAUUUUCCAUACAUAACAUAACCCAUCUGCGAUAAGGUCAAUCUUCACACUUCCCAAUUCACAUAACCUGAUCUGAUCAAGCUUCUUAUACAGAGAUCAAUCAAUCAAUCAUCAAAUUCAUAUUCCACAACAACAAUCUUCAUCGUUUUCCACUGUGAAUUCCAAAUAGUAUUAUGGAGCCAAAUUCAGAUGCUAAUCAGCGAAUUGCCAUGAUCGCUGCUCACCUCAACCCUCCCAAUCUCAUGAUGGAGGAUGCUUCUUUGAGAACUGCCCAUUGUCGCGCCAAAGGUGGAGCUCCGGGAUUCAAAGUCGCCAUUCUGGGUGCUGCAGGUGGCAUAGGUCAACCUCUCGCCAUGUUGAUGAAGAUGAACCCACUCGUUUCGGUUCUCCAUCUCUAUGAUGUCGUCAACACCCCUGGUGUCACUUCUGAUAUCAGUCACAUGGACACUGGUGCCGUUGUUCGAGGAUUUUUGGGGCAAAAGCAGCUUGAGGAUGCAUUGAUAGGCAUGGACUUGGUGAUCAUUCCUGCUGGUGUUCCACGCAAACCUGGAAUGACAAGAGAUGAUCUCUUCAAUAUUAAUGCUGGAAUUGUUAAGACACUAUGUGAAGGGAUUGCAAAGUGCUGUCCAAAAGCGAUUGUCAACUUGAUAAGCAAUCCGGUUAACUCCACUGUCCCGAUUGCAGCUGAAGUUUUCAAAAGAGCCGGUACAUAUGAUCCCAAGAGACUUUUGGGAGUGACGAUGCUUGAUGUUGUUAGAGCAAAUACGUUUGUGGCUGAGGUUCUAGGUAUUGAUCCAAGGGAUGUGGAUGUCCCAGUUGUUGGGGGACAUGCAGGUGUUACAAUUUUACCUCUUCUUUCUCAGGUUAAACCUCCUUGCUCUUUCACCCCAAAAGAAAUUGAGUACUUGACUGAUCGCAUACAAAACGGUGGAACUGAAGUUGUUGAGGCCAAAGCUGGAGCUGGGUCCGCAACACUAUCAAUGGCAUAUGCUGCUGCUAAAUUUGCAGACGCAUCCCUUCGCGCUCUAAGAGGAGAUGCUGGCAUCAUUGAAUGUGCAUAUGUUGAUUCACAGGUGACUGAGCUCCCGUUCUUCGCAUCAAAAGUACGACUUGGGCGUGGCGGUGUUGAGGAAAUUCUUCCUCUUGGUCCCCUGAAUGAUUAUGAGAGGGAGAGUUUGGAGAAGGCCAAGAAAGAGUUGGCAACAAGCGUGGAGAAGGGCGUUUCUUUCAUCAGAAAAUGACAAGUUUGAUGAUCCGGAAGAUAAUAAGUGGUGGAGGAAUUGAGGUGUUCUCGAUGUGAAAUAUAAAUUUUUUGAAUUAGUUAAGCAGCAGGUAAGUAUGGAUAUCGGAAUAUCUAUAUCUUUUGAACGAUGUAAUAAUAAUAAAUGGAUAGUAUUCAAGGUAUAAUGAUCAUCAAACAGCGACUAUAUAAUAUACUUCAAUACUAAAGAAGGGAUUAGUUUAUCCCGUUUAUAA